GGCCCGCCGCCUCACUUCCUCAAGACGCAUUAAUCUCCGCACCGCAAUGGCUUCCCUUCGCCAGGACUGCCAACCUCCGCGCUUUUAAGAAUUGCCAAGUGCAACCGGGCAGAGGGACCUGUCAGCUGGCUACACUUGUGAACAGGCGCAGAACGGCAGCAUGUGAACAUCUGCGGUUUGGCUGAAGUUCGUUCUCGAUCCUGAAAUAUUCUUCCUCAGCUCUGAAGUGAGGAUGGGGGUCACCGUGUGGAGCUUGACAUGGGCGGGUCUGCUCCUGGGCCUGGGCGGGGCGUCGGGGGCGUGUCUUCCCAUGGGCGAGGGGCAGGUAUUCCUCUUGGGCGGGGAUGUCGUUUUGACCGAACUUCUGCCUCUGCACUCGGGUCGCGGUUGUGCAAAGCUGGGCCUGACCGAAGUGCAGAUCAUGGAGGCGACGAGGCUGGCCGUGCAAAAGGUCAACGAACUCGAGCUUAUCCCGGGAAUCUCACUGGGUCUGAGAGUGGUGGACACGUGUGGCAAGUCCGAGCGCUCCGUGAAGAUGGCGCUGGCCUCGCUCGCAGACGACACCAGGGACUGCAUCAACCCGUCCGUCUCUCUCGGGUUCUUGGGCCCCGGCGACGCAGCCUCCGCCUCCGCCGUCGGCCGCGCGACCCGCAGCCUGCACGCGCCGGUCUUGGCCUACGGUCCGCGCCCCGUCCUCGCCGCGCACGCCGUCGACCUCGUGGCACCCGCUCCGCAGCGCUCCGCCAAGGCGAGUUUCCGAAGGGUUUGCUUUUAGGGCUUCAGGUGCUGCGAGGCUGUUGCUGUUGCUUGUGUUGGUGGGGUUGAUAAUGGUAGUUUUGGGGUCUCAAGGUGCACGAGUUGGCAUUUCGGUCGU